AUGUCUUCUUCUGGCCUAACACGGCGCCGCGGUGCCGGUGGCGGUGGAGAUGGCGAGGCGGGCGGUAGCACCCCUUCGGCUGCCCGAGCCAACUCUUCCAACAAUGUCCUGGAGACGAGUUACGAAAGUGGCGAGAACGGCCACAAGAUUGUCUUUGACCCCCGCGACAUCAACGAGACCGUCGAGAGGAGCAAGCAGCCCAAGCUCACGCUGAUGGAAGAGGUCUUGCUCCUUGGGCUCAAGGAUAAGCAGGGAUACCUAUCCUUCUGGAACGAUAAUAUCUCCUACGCCCUGCGAGGAUGCAUUGUCCUCGAGCUUGCCUUCCGUGGUCGAAUCAGCAUGCAGAAGGACUCCUCCAGGCGACGAUUCCCUCUCCCCGAUCGUGUAAUCGAAGUCAUCGACGAGACCCCAACUGGCGAGGUCCUUCUUGACGAGACACUGAAGCUUAUGAAGACUAGCGAGAAAAUGAGCGUCAGCGCUUGGAUCGACCUUUGA